AUGGAUGAUGCUGUGGUGCUUCGAAAGAGAGGCUACAUCCUGAACAACACGCUAGGAGAAGGGACUUAUGGAAAAGUGAAAUCUGCCUACUGUGACCGGCUGAAGUGCAACAUGGCCAUUAAGAUCAUCAACAAGAGGAAAACCCCUCGGGACUUCCUGGAAAGAUUUCUCCCCAGGGAGCUAGAGGCUUUGAGACGUUUGCACCACCCCUCAAUCAUCAAAACCUAUGAGAUUUUUGAGACAUCAUAUGGGAAAUUGUACAUCGUGAUGGAGAUGGGAGAAAAGGGAGACCUCCUGAACUACAUCAGGAUCUCGGGAGCUAUGAAAGAGGACAUCGCCUGCAGGAAGUUUCAGCAGCUGGCAUCUGCCAUCAAGUACUGCCACGACUUGGAAUUUGCUCACAGGGACCUGAAAUGUGAGAACAUCCUCCUCAAUGAAGACCUCAACAUCAAGCUGUCAGACUUUGGCUUUUCGAAAUCCUUGUCUCGGGAUGAAAACGGAAGAAUUGUUCUCAGUAAAACCUUCUGCGGGUCUGCUGCGUACGCAGCUCCCGAAGUGCUCGAGGGCAUUCCUUAUGACCCUCGGGCUUCUGACAUAUGGAGCCUGGGUGUCAUCCUCUUUACAAUGGUCUGUGCUUCAAUGCCAUUUGAUGAUUCCAAUGUCAAGAAAAUGAUCUGUCUUCAGAAACAACACAAGAUUCCCUUCCCCAAUACAAAACACCUAACUGUAGAGUUUGAGGACCUCAUUUCCCACUUGCUCCAGCCCAACGUGUCUCAGAGGUUGUGCAUAGAUGAAGUUUUGAAACACUCAUGGUUGCAGACUCCAGAACCCACAUCCCCUUCCCUUCCGCCUGCUGCAGAAGAGGGUGAGUGUUCCCAAAAGCUGCAUGAAGGAAAGCCUGAGAACAUGCAGCAAGCCAAAUCCCAUUCUGCAGAAGAGGAAGCAGAAGAGAUGGAAAUGGGAUCCUCUUAA